UUAUUUUGACACCACACUCCGGAAGUUUUCUCCGGAAGUCCUCGCUAUGUUCAAAGAGUUGUACCUGGCUGCGUAUGUUCAAAAGAAACAGGUUUAUUUGUUUGGAAAACCGCGGCGUGAAUUACAUUUGUGAUCUUCGGUGUGAAGACAUGAAUGUACCGCUUAUACUUCGGGUCAAGUGAACAAUUUUAGGUACAAACUCUUCUGAAUGUCUUACAUGGAGAACAUUGUGGUUUACAUUCCCAAAGAAGCAUGUGUCAAAAACAUGCCUCUGCAGUCCCUGUCCAGCUCCACAGCUAGGAAGAUCAGUAUCGCUCUUUCACAUAGAUCAGAGAAACAGAUGCCGCAGACAGUGACGUGGAUCUGUCCGGUUGAGCUCCGGGAAAAAGAAUUGGCUGUGGGCAAGGACACCAGAGAACGGGUCCCACUGAGCCAGAGGCCACUGGUCUCCAGAAUAACUCCAGGCCAGUUUUCGCUGCCCGUUGUGAGUUCCAGCAUUACUGCCUUUAAGGUCUUAAGAACAAUUUUAAAAGCUCAUAAGCCUAAAAUACGAUUUUCAGGGCUGGAAAAGGAAGCUGCUUCUCAGCCCAUCAUCAGGGAUUCUGAUCGGCAAAAUGCUAUUAUUGUGUAUAAUGGCCAGAUCUUCCUCUCAGUGAGGAAGUCACGUUGCAAGCGAGUGAGAUUUCAAAGCUCUCCCUCAGUACCUUCAGGUGUGUGUCCUGUUUCUCCUAGUCAACAGAACAAAAUAAGCACAUCUAGUCAGGCACAACCACUCCUGGACACUUCAUCCAUUCCUCAACAGAGCAAGAAACAGGAUGUUCAGACUCCAGACAAAGAUCUUGACAUUAACACACAGAUUUCACCACUUCUGCCCAAAGUCUCUGAAGAAAUGCCAGAGAAAUGCUGUACAGACAAAGAGCAUCAAAAGGAAGAUGAGACACCGCGUAGCCCACCUAAACCUCCUGAGGAUCUGGAGUCUGGUCAGGAGACGUCUUGUUCUCAACCCAAUAUCUUCCAGCAGCCACAGAUCAUCCACACAUCUUCUGGCGUCUCAAAACAGCCCGAAGCUGCAGCAGGAGGAGAAAGAGAGAUGUGCGAGGAUGACAAUGAGCGUUUAGAGGGCGCAUUGCUCCCCAGGGCUGAGAGCUGUCUUGCGUUUGAUUUUGAACAGUUGGCCCAGGAGGAGAGAAUCAACCACCUACGUGCUCGCCUGAGACAGAAGGAAGCAGCGCUCAGCGACUUCAAUGCAAAGCCGACAGAUCAGAUUUAAAGGAUCAGACUGCUCUGUUAAGGAGGUAGAAAAGUUUCUUGUCCAUCAUUUCGUUUGAGCAGCAGAAAAAUGUUUUAAAACUUGAAGGAACAGUUCAACCAAAAAUGAAAAUUCUGUUAUCUUAAGUCGUUCCACAUUUGUAUCAGUUUCUUUUGUCUGCUGAACACAGAAGAAGAUAUUUUAAUUUUCUGCUCCCUAUUGACCUACAUAAUAUGGAGACCAGCCACUGUGUGGUUCAUUCUUCAAAAUAUCUUCUUUUGUAUGCAGCAGAAGAAUAAAGAAAUUCAGGUUUGGGACAACUUGAGGCUGAGUAAAUGACAGAAUUUUCAUUUUUGGGUGAACUAUCCUUUUAUUAUAAGUAAGUACUGCUGUGCAACAAAUAAUCGCGAUUAAUCGCAUCCUAAAUAAAAGUUUGUUUACAAAAUACAUUGUGUGUGUACUAUGUAUAUUUAUUAUUUAUAUAUAAAUACACACACAAGCAUGGAUAUAUUUAAAAAAAAAAGUUAUGUUUAUAAAUUAAACAUAUUUAUAUAUAAUAUUAAUUAUAUCAAUCAAAAUAUAUACAUGUAAAUGUUUUCAAAAUAUACACUGUACAUUAUAAAUAUACACAGUACAAACAAUUAUGUCAACAAAAACUUAUAUUUUGUAUGUGAUUAAUCACAAUUAAUCGUAGCACAGCACUAUAAGCACUUAAAUUUAAUUGUUAAUUAUUUAAUAGCACAAAUAUCGUGAUUGAAAUUAAAUAUUAAUGACAAAAAAUAAUUUUCACUCCAUUACCAGACACAUUUAAGAACAUUAUAUGUGAAAUACAGUGAAUAAUUUGUAGUAGUAAUGUUUGGUAUUGCACUGCUACCAUGAAAUCUUCUUGGAUUUAUUUUAGGUUAAUUCAGUAGAAAUAAAAAAUGGUUCAAAUAAAAUAUUUUAUGUCAUACUGAGCAUUAGUCAUUUCAUAAACCAGUUGCUGUACAUCGAACCUCCAGUUAAUAAAGCACCCACACAUCUGACAUAACAUAACGUUUUGUCUUUAUUUUAUCUGUAAGCGUGCUCUCUCCGAUUGGCUUUGAAUGCGUUCCUACAUCUAUCUUUGUUUCACUUAUCACUUCAGCUGAAGCCUACACACUCCAAAAUCACUUUAACCAGCUUCUUGCUGAGAUAUACUCAUGAUAACUUAUUCCUCCAUUGUCGUCACUCUUAAAAUGGAUUUCAAUGUCAUGCUGCAGAAAAUCUCAAAAACGGCGUUAUAUAAGAUAAUGAUGACAAUUCAAGCUGUAUGAUGAUAUCAGAUAAAUUCAUCCCUUUUACAAAGCUAUAAAUGCUCAUAUGGAUAACGUUAGGAUGUCAGUUUUGGUUUGUUGUUGUUUAUUAAUGAGAAUUCUUUUGUAG